AUGGCUCUCAAAUGUGUGUUUCUCGUGCUCAUCACCAUCACAUGUUUCGUAGCAAAUACAAACUAUGCAAGUGCAGCUAGAGAGCUGCCUGCAGCAGGGGCGAGACUCGAUGGCAGUUUGAUCGAUUACUUCAAUGCACUCACAGAGUUAAAAUCACGCUCGAAUGAGAUUGUUCUCUUCUUCGUGAAUAUUGAAACGAAUAUCGGUCCUGCAUGUUGCCAAUCCAUCGCGAUGAUCACCCACCAUUGCUGGCCUGCCAUGUUGACUUCCCUCGGUUACACAGCACAGGAGGGUGACAUACUGCGAGGCUACUGCGACGUCUCCUCUGCCCCUGCUCCUACCCCUUCACUGCAGCCUCUGCCCGCGUUUAAUUAA